AUGGGCGUCGCCCACGGAGAACACGCGCGUGUUCCAGGAGGCGCUGAAGAUAAUACUCGUGCCCAUCAUGCGAGAGUCCGCCAGGUACUGGGAGGGGAUGGGGGUGGGGAUGAUAACGAUACACAGUGCGUGCUUCAAAGGUGGAAUUUCGCAGACACAGAGUGGGGAAACGUGUACCUGGCAUGCCUAGCAGACACACUGCACGUGCUGGACUCCGGUGUGCUGAUCCACAUGAUGGACUCCUACAUCGAACCCCUUGGAAAGGUUGAGAUGCGGCUGCUAGAAAGUUCUGGCGCAAACUACGCGGCGUUCGAGCACAGGAGCAUGAUGCAGAUAAUGCCGAUACUGGUGGCAGACGAGAGUGCAUUGAAGGAUGGACCGGAGGGAGAGCUGCGUGCUUUGCAGGUCAAGGCGUUCCGGCUGUAUGCCGUGUUCUACAAGGCGUUUCUGGGGGUUGACAGGCACACACACACGACAAUUACGAUUGCCCGGCAGCAUGCGAUAGCGUUGGUGGCGUUGCUACCGAAGGCAUUCCCAUCGCAGGCAUCCCACUGGAAGCUCCCAAAGAUACACAUGAUAAGACAUUUGCUGGACAACGUGAAGGAGCGUGGGAUGCCGCACCACUAUUCAACCGAAAUGUGGGAGCGCACGCACAAGGGCACGGUGAAGAGUCCAGUAAGAGGGAGCAAUUGGAGCGACAUACCUCGACUAAUCGUGGAGGAGGAGGUGCAGCGCGAGGUGUACCGCGAGGUGGCGGCGGACGCUGGGGGUGGGCGACAGUACGCGUGCGCCUUGCGUGAGGUCCACACGGCGGUGGCCAUUCCGCGCACAAGAGGCGGCGAGCUGGUGGCCAAAAGGACAUUUGUGACGGCGUCGCCCCGAGAGAGGUGGUAUUCGGACGUGGCGCUGCUCAAUGACAAGGGUGGGGACUGGUAUGCAAAAUGUCUGUGCAUUUUCAGGGCGGUUGACCGUGAUGGGGAUUGGAAGGGGUACGCAUAUGUGAGCCGUGAUCGCAACACCAUCAUCCUCACCAUUCACAAGGCGCAUCGCAUCACAGGCGAGGUGGCGCCGCCCGUCACGGAGCACGGCUUCAGUGUGCAGCACCUCACGAACACCCGAGUCGUCAACAUUCGUGGAUCGGUUCCGGAGACGGGCCUGCCGCACCUGCAGGGAGUGGGUGACGCGCUGAAGGCGUAUUACCGCGUUAUGCUGAUGAGGCGUGCGAUAGGGUCCAAGCGGUUCCAGUUCAACUAUUCGGCUUCCAUCGCUGAUGUCGACCAUAACGACAUACUCGAGUGGCUGGGAGAAGCGUGGACUCGUGUGCACGCGGCUACCAUGCAGCGGAGCUGGUGGAGCGCAGGAUGCGUGCCGGUGAGCUGGCCGCCCCUGAUGGCGUACCUGGGUGACACGUGCGCAACCGGCAUGUUCGAGCCUAUUAUUUCGGUAUGCGUCGAUUUGCAGUUGCUUAUCGAGAAGUUCAAGGUAAGGCCUGCGUGCUACAUGACGGCCGCGGAUUUUAUCAACUGCGACGCGGGACUAUGCGUGGAACAGGGGUUCAGAGCCACACCUGCUGCCAGCGCGUCCGAUGACUCGUCGGGCGACAUGAGCCUGCCAGACGGCCCAUUGCUGCGGGACGAGCGCAGCAGGAGGCGCGUGAUACGCAACGUCACAAACGCGUACGUGGAGCGUGCCGAUGAGCUCGGCAUCCCCCCGGCGGCUGUGCCAGCAGAGGUCGGAGCAUCGAACCAGGAGGUGAUUUCCCGCCUAUGCAGGACGCCUGUCAAGAGGGCUCGCGCAGGGGGGCGAGCUGAGAACGGGACAGCCGAAGAAGUGCUGCAGAGUGAUGAAGUGCUGGAGAGUGAUGACGACCAGUGA